GCAAACAGUUUCGACCGAGCGUUUGCCAGAAUCUAGAGUAUCUCGUAUCGAAUUAUCGUAUCGCAUCGAAUCGGAUAGACUGAAGCCAAACCUGAGACUGAGAAUUGGCAGCUGUUGCAUGCUGUUGCGGCAGACUCAGUGACGCCGCGAGUGACGUCGCCGUGUCUUGUUUUUGUUGCUUGUUUGUUUGGUGACCCCGACGCGAAUCGAUCCUCGCGAGUGUGUGACCGAGACAGCAAUAUAUACACAUUAUCCUCUGAUAAACAAUUGAAGAAACAGUGCAAGAGAGAAAGAGUCCGAGGUAUUUCGCAUUCGAGCCAAUGGUCAGAGCGACAGGGACAAGGAUGGGCCUGCUCCUGCCCAUAAUCCUGGCACUGGCCAUCGGAUCCUCGGCCGCCGGCAUAUCCUCCAACGAUCCCUGCUACUUCGAGGGCAAGCCGCGCAAGUGCCUGCCAAGCUUUGUGAAUGCCGCCUAUGGGAAUCCCGUUCAGGCAUCCAGCGUUUGUGGCGCCCAACAGCCGGAGCGUUACUGCGAACUGUUGCGCGACGGAAAUGCCGGCGAGUGUCGUUCAUGCGAACAGCAGCGGUACGGUCCGGCGGCAUUAACCGAUCUAAAUAAUCCCAGUAAUGUGACCUGCUGGCGAUCGGGUGCCGUUAAUGUGCCCCACGAUCCGGACAGUGCGCCGCCGGAUAAUGUGACCCUAACCUUGUCGCUGGGCAAGAAGUACGAGCUGACCUAUAUAUCGUUGUCAUUUUGUCCCCGCUCGCCGCGUCCCGAUUCGCUGGCCAUAUUCAAGAGCUCGGAUUUUGGACAGACCUGGCAACCCUUCCAGUUCUAUAGCUCACAGUGUCAAAAGUUCUAUGGACGACCGGAUCGCGCUAAGAUCUCCAAGUUUAAUGAGCAGGAGGCCAGAUGCAUCAAUUCGCAACAUGACACGGGCGGAGCUGCUCAGCGAUUUGCCUUCAAUACAUUGGAGGGUCGUCCGUCGGCCAAUGAUCUGGAUUCCUCGCUGGUCCUGCAGGAUUGGGUGACGGCCACGGAUAUAAGAGUUGUAUUCCAUCGCCUUGAAUUGCCACCACAAUUGUUGAAGGUGAAAAAUGCAAAUGCCUUUAGCGAUGAGAUGGGCGGCAGUCGCGAGGAGGAUGAGGAUGAUGAUGCGGAUCUGGAACUGGAUGGCGAGCAGGAUGAGUACGACUACAAUCUGCAGGACAACGACAGUGCCGAUGCUGGGUACGAUGAGUACGAGGAGCCCAAGAAGCAUUUGGAACUGGAUGAUGAUCAUCUGCAUUUGGACUAUGCCAGUGAUGGUGAAUCGGUUGUAAAGAGGCAGGGCAAGCACAAGGGUAGCGCCUAUGAGAAGCACUACCAGAGCAAACUGGCGGCCACCACGCCCCCACAACAGCCGCCCAAGGUGACGCCACCUGGCAAGGUCACGCCCCCUAGCACAGCUGCCCCUUCUGCCGCUGCCUCCGCGGUGACCUUGCCCAUUUCGCAGCAUUACGCCGUAUCGGAUUUUGCCGUCGGCGGACGAUGCAAGUGCAAUGGUCACGCCUCCGAGUGUGUGGCCACCGUCAGUUCGGGAUCAGGAACGGCACUUUCGGAUCAGGACGAUGGCCAGGACGAGGACACGCCGUCCGCCCCCUCGCUGGCCAACCACUUUGGUCGCAGUACCCAGAUGAGCGCCAAACUGACCAUGACCUGCGCCUGCAAGCACAACACCGCCGGACCGGAAUGCGAACGCUGCAAACCCUUCUACUUCGAUCGACCCUGGGGCAGGGCCACCGACAAUGAUGCCAACGAAUGCAAAAUGUGCCAGUGCAACGGACACGCCCGUCGCUGCCGCUUCAAUCUGGAGCUGUACAAACUAUCUGGACGGGUUUCGGGAGGUGUAUGCUACAACUGCCAGCACGAUACUACCGGAAGAUACUGCCACUAUUGCCGCGAGGGAUAUUAUCGGGAUGCCACUAAGCCGCCAAAUCAUCGCAAAGUCUGCAAGCGUUGCGAUUGCCAUCCAGUGGGCUCGACGGGCAAGACGUGCAAUCACCUGAGUGGCCAGUGUCCCUGCAAGGAGGGCGUCACCGGACUAACUUGCAACCGAUGUGCCCGAGGCUAUCAGCAGACCCGCUCCCACGUGGCACCCUGCAUCAAGGUGCCCACUAAUGCGAACAUGAUUCAGGCCGAGAGUGCUGGCGGCGGUGGAGGAGGUGGCACUGGUGAUUACAAGGAUGGCGGUGGCUCCCAGGUCGAGGAGAUGAAAAAGUACUGCGGCAAGUGCAAGGCGAGUCCCAAGAAGCUCAAUCUCAACAAGUUUUGCAUGGAAGAUUAUGCAAUUUUGGCCAAGGUGAUUGGCCACGAUCGCGCCUCCCAGGACAUCAGCACGGAAAAGUUCUCGAUAGAGCGACAGAACGAGAUCUACAAGUACGAGAUCAAUAUCCAGACGAUCUUCAAGCGGAAUCCCAUGUCGGGCACUACGAGUUCCUUGCUCGGUAGGGGCAAUAUGAUGCUGCUGGUGCCGCGCAAGAGCAUCGAGUGCCAGUGUCCAAAGAUAAAGCUAAACAAAUCAUAUCUCAUCCUUGGACGUGACUCGGAGGCGGCGCCUGGUUACUUGGCCAUCGGACCGAGCUCGGUGGUCCUUGAAUGGAAGGACGAGUGGUCGCUUCGCAUGAAGCGGUUCCAGCGGCGGGCACGCAAAUGCAGUUGAAUCGAACCGGAAACGGAAUAUGUCAGAGCGGAUUUCAAUUUCACACACUUGGCUAGGUAUCGGUUUUUGUAUAAAUUGUACAGUUUACUCAAGUUUCUGACCUUCUUCGGCAUCAUGCUAUAAAUUAAUCAGCCACGGCGAUUUCCCAACCGGAAGUGGCCCUCAAGCCCCAUAGCCCGUCUAUAUAAUCUCAAUUCCUACCCAGAUAAUCUCCAUCCGGGGCGGUCUCUAGUCUAUAAAGCGCUUUUACAUAACAUCAGCAAACAAACAAGCCAUCCAACAAUCGGAAAACAAGCGAAAACACAACGUACAUCGUAUUAACCCCGCCCUUUUUAUGAAACACCAAAUGCUAAUUACAGUUACGUGCCAAUGGGUGGGCCAGUUGGCGUAUGGGCAUGUGGGCGUGGCCGCGUGUCCUUAACGGUUAUGUGCCGGUCAUAAAAAACAGUUAUAAAUUGAAAAUAAGUGCGAAAAAGAGCGGUAACAUCGCGUGUCGCGAUUCUAGACAAGCAAACAAACUGAAUUUUGGGUGGCAAAUGAACGGGCAAUGCAACCGGAUGGGGUGAUGAUGGACAAACAGGCCGCGUCGACACAUAAGUGCAGUCAUGAACCAUCAACACGACUCUCGACCAUCUGCCACACACUUCUCAAUACUGGGGGAACUCGGCCAAAAUAUGAUCGCCAAGUGAAAUUUAUUUAAAUCAUAUUCUAUACAUCAAAUUACACUUUUGUUUUUUUUUUAAUCAGAUGAAACUUACAAAAGAGCAAAACAAGUUCUCAGCCGUUCUCAGUUUCUACUGACUAUACAUUUUUACAUCAAUUUAUAAAGGUAACACAACUUUUCAAUAGGCAUUCAUUUAAUUUUCAAAUCAAUAAAAACUUAGGAAACCUUAAAAUUGAAUCGAAUGAUUUUAUUUUCAAACUAAUCACUGCCAAGCAACUCAAAUCUUUUAUGAUGGAAAACCGAAGACAAAAAUUAGUAAUCAUUGUGCAUCUGCUUCGAUGUCAUUAAUAAUUAGUAUCAAAAAUUAGGCAUCAUUGUCUGAGAUUUCAAUGUCAUAAUUUUCAAAGGGUUUUAAUUAAAUAUUUUUUAACUUUUAUAUUUUGAAUACCCCUCACAAUGCUUCGCUCUGCCAUCCAAUCGAAAAAUUGAUUCAAUUUUCCAUAUGUACCAAAUUUCUAUUUAAAUAUUUACCAUUUUGUUUCGUAGUCCAGCAGUUUUCAUGUGCACUUAUUUAUUUUACUCUAGCAAAGAAUAUUUUUGUGUUUUAUCCAUCUGUCUGUUUCUUUGGGAUAUAUUUACACAACUUACGCAAAAGCAUUGCGAUUGAAAAAUUGCAAUAUUUUCUUCCAAUUUAUAACAAAUAUUUGUGGACUUCAGCUGCAAGGGUAUUUAAAUUCAGGUUUCGAGUUUCAAUUGGUAUCAUUUCUGGUUUUCCUGCAUUUCAUGUGCGAGCAGAAAAACGCCUCUCAAGAAUUUAUGCAAACAGUUUUGGCCGAUAAUUAUGCACAUGUUUAUUGACUAUCUGCUAGUUGAUUUUUCACGCGCUUUUGCAUACCAAUUUGUUUGAUGGAUGCAUCAAUAAAAAAAAAAAUCAAGGCGGCGAACAGCGGCAAAACACGCAUUUAAAAUACAUUUAUUUGAAUUUAAUUUUCAAUUUGAAUUAUGCAUGCAAAUUGUGAGCGCAUCAAUACCGGCUCGCUCUGUUUCAAAUACAGAUACAGUAUAUGCAUCUAUAUCUAUAUGUGUCUGAAACUAAAAAAUCGAAGGCGUUAAGAGUGAGUUUGAAGGUGUUAAGGUAUCGGGGUACCGGUUGUAACUUGUUUUUGGAGCAUGUGUAGGCCACUCUUGAACACUUGAAACUCAUCCCGUGCAGCCGCGCGGUACAGUGAAGACAGCCCAUAACGGAAAUAAACAUAUAUCAAAUAUAAUUUUCAUGCGUAUUCAAUAAUUUGUUCGCUAAAUUUACACUCUCUUUUCAACGAACUAUUACUUCUUUGGAAUGUAACAGUAAUUUUACACGUUUUCAUGAACUGAGUACCCACUGUACCGCUCGAUAAGUAUCACAGCCAAAAGCAACAAAGCGGCAGACAACAUGACGCAUAUAACACAAAUUGAACAGCAGAAACAAACAGAAAAAUUCGCCACAAGAUGGAACAAUUCAAAAUUUAACCUGAAUAUUCAACAUAAAUUAUUGCAAAUUAAACAUUGAAGAAGAAUAAAAAUCAAGAUAACGUAAAAUUCGAAAUAUAUUCUCAUUUGAUCACCAUAUUUAAAAACGAUGCAUUUCUGUCCGUGUACAGAACAAAUGAACUUCGUGGGCUGAAUCAAGUGAUAUGCAUGCCCCCCCCUCCAAUUGCAGUUACAUUUUUCGAUGUUGCUGCGGAUUAAACAUGUUUCGGGCUCAAAAAUGUAACAUGAUAUAUGACAGCCAAGUGUCGAACUUGAUAAAUGUUUUAAUGAAUUUAUUUUCGUGUUUAUAUGCUGCCAGCCAUCCAUGAAUCGAGAUCUUUAGCUGACUUUGCUUCGUUUUUCGUUCAGCUCGAUGGCUGGCACGACACCUACUCUCUGCUGGGUCUUUUGUGGCAGUCCAAUUUCGAUAUGUGUCCCCCCAACCAUGGCUUCAUCAACAUCCACAUCCACAUACACAUCCACAUAUAAAUAUCCACACAGAGCCAUUCACAUAUUAUUCAGGUCCGACCGUGACCAUGAUGUAUGAUAAAUCAAAAUGGGGGCAACAUAUGCAGGGACAGUCCAGAGUUGGACAGUUAACAUGCUGCGGCAUUUAAGCCGAGAUUUGUGUUCGCAUUCACUCUCCGCCCAGGGACGCAUAAUUAGCUCUGCUUCUGGCAUCUGGGAUGUGGAUCUGGAUCGGGAUUCGUAUCUGUUUCUGUUUCCCUUGCUGUUACUGUUGCUGUUACUGUUUCACGCUGGCCAACGUGGCGUAUGAGUCAUGGACACACGUGUGCCCACCGCAUACGGAUAAUCUUUUUUGGAGAGCAUGUCCUGGGGCAAAAUAAAUGCAAAAUUGUCAACUGUCAACUGAAUACAUUUAAGCACACAUUUUUAUGCAGAUGCUACCGUGCAAACUGUGAAUAUUAACAAUUCACAGGGAUUGGACAUAAAGAGAGUUUGCAUUUCAUCAUGCUGUAAAGAGCUUCAUUAAUAAUACUGUUGUCAAAAAAUUAUUAGCUGUGGCUUAGUACUUAAAUUUCACAAACCAUGCCAAAUUUAAUAGGUCCCAAUAAUUUCAGAUUUUUCAAGCUGUCCAAAAAAACUAAAUGUUAAAUGAUAGUAAAGACAGCAUUUCAGGUGACAAAGGUUACAUUUCACACCAUUUUUGAUCUUGCAAGGAUUGAUUCCUACUCCCACUGCUUUGGAUCAACCCCUUUCACCUGAACCUUCCAAAAAUAACAUUAAAUAAAUGCUAAAAAAAAGGAUGGAAAUGAUUCAACAAAAAAGUGGGAAAAAAUGAAAAUGAAAUGAGAAAUUCAAUUGUGGCCUCGGUCUGGUCUCGUCGACUGCGGCCGGCUUCAUGCCUUCAUGCAUAUUUAAAUGAGAUUUUGCGUUAACUGAAUUUUUCACCGGCAUUCUGCAGAUGGAAAUGGGAGGGGGCGUGGCCAGUCGGAUGCGUGGGCGUGCGGCCCUCAAAAGAAAAAAAAAAAAGAACAUAUUAAUUUAUAUAAUGUACGAGUACGCACAGAGAUAUAAAACAUUUAUAUAGAUUUAAAUAAAUUGGGUUCUUUUCGCCGCUUUUUAUUUGUAUUUUUAUUUUUGCAAUUUUUGCCGUUCAUUUAACUCUGAAUGGGGAGGAGGCGUGGCAGCAGGCGUGUUGUCGCAUAUGUAUUUUAAAUAGGAUGCAGGCCCAUUAGCAUAUAAAUUGACGCAGCGACAGUUGAGUGGAUAAAGGAGAAAAAAUAAAAAUAACACUCUUAACCGACAGGCUGAACAAUGGAAAGGGUUAUGGUGGCUCGUAACUGUUAACUAGCAUUUGGUCAGAACAAAAAGAAAAAAAAAAAGAUAAAUAAAACUACACGAAAUUUAUUGAAAUGCCCACCAAACAUCACCGACAAAAACACUAUUCGUACCACAAGAACAACAGCCCCAAGCUGACAAAUUGACUUCCGUUUCCGCUAAUUGAAAAACAAAAUGAAAUUUUCUUCGAAAGAAUGAAUGAAAAGUACUUAAUGAGAGAGAUGCAAACAUAACCAAAUUAGUCAUUAGUUGAUAUGUCAAGCCGUUUAUUUAUUUACACACCUUUUUUUCCUAAUCUUAAUUAUAAAUUAAUACGCCUAAACGGAAUAUAUUUAAAACAAAAGCGAAAAUCGAAAAUCGAAAAUGAGUAGGGGAAGCAGAAGAGCUAAAAUGUAUUUAUAUGUUAUAUGAAACCCGUGAAACUGGAAAGUUUUGAUGAUCCAAUGGACUUUCUUACUUGUAGAUCACUUCCCUUUUGGUUUGCAUAUGCAUUAAGCAUGGCCUACUAAUCACAUAUCCUUCGACCACACACACACACAAAUAAACACAAUUAAUUAUUAAAGAAUGUUUUUUUUUUUUGUCAGACUAAUAUGAAUAUCAAGCGUGUGUGUCCAGAACGAAUUAUUCAUAUGGUAAGCUAAAAAACAAAAAAUGAAAUACAAAUGCAUACAUACAUAUAAAACAUAAAUAUAAUCAAAAAAGAAACACAAACAUUUUUUUUCUUAGAUUUUUUGUAAAUACUCAAAAAAACGUAACGAGUGAAGAAGAUGAAACGCUAAGGCAAAUAGAACUAUAUAUAUAUAUAUAUAGAUAUAUAUAUAUUGAUAAAUUGAUUACAAUUUCGAUUAUUGCUAAUUAUUAUGUUGAAUCAUAAAUUGCACACACUUACACACACCCACACACACACACACACACACAAAAAGGCAGCAGAAGAAAGCAAGAGAAAUUCACAUUGUCUGAUAUUAAAGUAUUGUAGUUGGUACUUAUAUAAUAUAUAAAUAUAUAUAUAUAUAUAUAAAUAAAUAUUAAAAUAUGAUUAAUCAUAAUACAUAAAGUAUGCAAUUUUUGUGGCAAAGAAAAAAAAUAUAUCAAAGACAAGCAGAUGGAGGAAAAUCCAAGUUAUAUAUAUAUCAUUUAUGUGUACUUGAAAAAGUAAAAAACCCGAAAACAAAGCAAAAAGAGCAUGAAAGUUUAAUCGAAUUAAGUGGACAGAUUGCUAAUAAUAAUAAUAAAACUAAUAACGAAAUC